UUAUUGAUUAGUAGAGCAGAACAUUUACUUCCUCAUUGGAUACCCGUGCGCUUGCGACGGAGUAGACACAAAUCUUUCGUUUGAUACAGUACGCAGUAUAUGUAAAAUGACGGUGUGUAAUAUCUGGCUGCUGGAGGUUCUGUGUAUCUUAUCAACUUUAAAGAUUGUCCACACAUCAGUAAACACCAGUCGUAAGCCAAAUGUCAAAAUCACCACUCAAAGUUCAAACCACAGUGCUGCAUACCUUAGUGGUAAGGCAGUAGAUGGCUGUAGAACACAAAAAUUCGACAAAGACAAAUGUUGCUCACAUACGCAUCCAGAUGAAACGGAGGCAUGGUGGCAAGUAUAUCUAGAGGGACUGAUCGUUAUGGAAUACGUCAAAAUAUACUACAGAGAUGAAAAUCAAGAUUAUCUGCAACGACAACGAUUUGGUGGCUAUCAAAUACACCAGUCGAACACGUCUGAUUGGCGGAACGGUUCCCUUUGCCAUAAAGACACAACAUCAACGUCGGCUGCGUUGUCAUUGACUCCAAAGAUCCCAUGUACAGGUAGCGCCCAGUACCUGACGAUAUACAGCGACAGACGGUCAGGAGGUAUAUCGUGGUACUCUGAUAACGCUAUUCUGGAGCUUUGUGAGGUAGAAGUGUACGGUUGUCCGCUUGGGAAAUAUGGUGAUGGUAAUUGUGAUUCAGAUUGUGAUGUGGGAUGUGCCAAAAGUCUGUGUGAUCCAGUGACCGGAGGAUGUGCAUCGUGUACUUCCGGGUAUUAUGGAAGCCGUUGUAAUCAGACUUGUCCGUUCAACUGUAAAGACAACCGAUGUAUGCAAAGCAAUGGAGAGUGUGAAGCUUGCUUCAACGGCUUCUUUGGGGUGAAGUGUGAUCGGUUAUGUUUCUCUAAUUGUGAAAACAACACAUGCACACAAAAUGAAGGAAAAUGUACAGCAUGCAAACCUGGAUAUUAUGGUGAUUUCUGCAACACAAGCUGCCCGUCCAAUUGUAAAGGGGAUACAUGUAAUCAGACGAGUGGGUUAUGUACAGCGUGUACUCCCGGGUAUUAUGGCAGCAAUUGCAAUCAGUCUUGCCUGUUCAACUGUAAAGGCAACCAAUGUAUGCAAAUCAAUGGAGAGUGUGAAGACUGUGAGGAUGGAUUCUUCGGAUCGUCCUGUGAUGUCUGCUCUGUUGGUUGUACCAAUCAUGUCUGUGACAAAGUAUCCGGAAACUGUAGUCCAUGCAGACCUGGCUAUUAUGGUGAUACCUGCAACACAAGCUGCCCGUCCAAUUGUAAAGGGGAUAAAUGUAAUCAAACCAGUGGGUUAUGUACAGAAUGUGCACCCGAUAUUUAUGGCAUUGACUGUAAGCAGAUUUGUCCGGCAAACUGUCGAGACUCGCUAUGUGCCAGAAGUAGCGGGGAUUGUUCAGCAUGUGAACCUGGUUUCUUUGGACUAAAUUGUAAUAUGUCAUGUUCUGGUCAUUGUGAAUGCCAACAGAACAACGGAACGUGCAUAGCUUGUACGAAUGGAUAUUUUGGACUCAACUGUGAAGAGAAAUGUGGGCAGUGCAGUGCUGUUUCAUGCAGAAGGUCUGACGGACAAUGCUUAUGUAGCGACAUGACACACGGGACAUGCGGGUGUAAAAAUAGAUGGGAAGGAGAGAAGUGCACUACAAAAAAGUUGAUGUCAGUCUCAGACGACCAAACAGGAACGUACGCUGGGGCUGGUGUUGGAGCAGUGGUUGUGAUUGUUCUUGUUGUUAUAGCAACUGUCAUCGUCCUUAGAAGGAAGCGAUUACCAAAACACAAACAAGAAAAUCACCUUGAAGGCAGAGGCAAGGCGUUUGGAAAUGUAGAGUCAUUACCAAUCCCGUUUGAAACGUCAGACACGCAAACAAAUAGUGGAGAUACUACAAGUGAAGACAGACAGGUUUACGUGAACGUACACGACAUUGACCCACAAACUGAUGAUGACGUCGUGUAUAACAACGUUGACGUCACUGGUGUCCCUAUUCAUGAACUACGGUCUAUCAUCGAUAGCAAGAUGGAAAAUAAAGCGGCAGCAUUUCAAGACGAAUUUCAGACGUUUCCAUGGGGAGCAGUAUAUCCGCACGAGGCUGGCAAAAAGACAUCAAACACACCAAAGAACAGAUUCAAGACAACCUUCCCGUAUGACCAUUCCAGAAUCGUACUAGAUGCAAAAGGCAAGGAUGUCGAUACAAGCUACAUCAACGCAAAUUAUAUCGAUGGAAUUGGAAACGAAAAAGCGUACAUUGCCAGUCAAGGCCCGAAGAAAAACACUCUGGACGACUUUUGGAGGAUGGUGUGGCAGGUGAAUUCUGGGAAGAUUGUUAUGUUGACAAACCUUCAAGAGGGUCGCAAUGUAAAAUGUCACAAAUACUGGCCUGAUGAAGGAGAAUCACUUGCUACACAGACAUUUGAGCUCAAACUUGACAGAGAGAUGACCUAUGCCUUCUAUGUCAUCCGUGAUAUUUCAAUGGUCCAUAAAAAGACAAAAGAAGAGCGUAUGGUCCAUCAGUUUCAUUUUACUAAAUGGCCUGACCAUGGAACUCCGGACUCGUUGGAGCUCGUCCUCUUCGACCGCCGUGUGACGUCAUACAAAACACAACUGACGGGAGAGAUGAUUGUACACUGCAGUGCUGGCAUUGGAAGGACUGGUACUUUUAUCGGUUUAAACGAAUUGCUUAUUCAUGGCAAGAACACAGGAAAAAUUGACAUUCCCAGAUACAUCGGAACGAUGAGGAAUGGCAGAAUGAACAUGAUCCAGACUUAUGUACGUAGUGCCUGA